AUGUUUUCAAAGGAUGAUUAUGAUGACUGGAAGAUCAGAAUGCAAGCUCAUCUGGAAGCUCAAGAUGAUGAUAUUUGGUAUGUCAUUAUCGAUGGGCCGAUGAGGAUUCUGAAGGUCAGCACAACCACAAGCACAACUGAGGAUGCUUAUGAGAUGAAGGAGAAGUGCGGAUAUGAGUGGACUGAUGAAGACAAGAGGAAGGUCAACCUCAGCAACAUGGCCAAAUACAUUCUCUACAAGACUCUAGACAAGAACAUGUUCAGCAAAAUCAAGUCAUGUUAUACUGCCAAAGAGAUUUGGGAGAAGCUGACUCAACUCUGUGUAGGCAACGACCAAACGAAAGAAAACAAGUUGAUGAUUGCCACACAGAAGUUUGACAGCAUCAAGAUGCGUCCUAGAGAGACAAUGAUUGAUUUCGAUGAAAGAUUCAACAGUAUAGUCAUUGAACUCUCAACUCUGCGAAAUACAUAUAGAAACAGAGAGGUUGUUAUUAAAGUUAUGAGAGCCUUACCCAGAGAAUGGAACAUCAAGACAAUGGCCAUGUGGGAAUCUAAAGACCUCAAUAAGAUUAAGAUGUACGAUUUGUUCGCUGAUCUGAAAGCCUAUGAGUUUGAAAUAAACUCAAGGAAUGAAAAGAAGUCAUCCAUGGCUGCCAUAACAAAAUCCUUGGUGACUACUAAAGAGACACUUUCUCUGGUAGCUGUGAAGUCUCUUGAGCAGAUCAGCGACGACGCUAUGUCACUAUUUGUCAAGAAGUGUGGUCAUUUCAAGGCUGACUACAAAACCCUCAAAAGGGAUGACAAGAAGCCUUUUGAUAGAAGGAAAAAAAAGGAUCAAACAGCCCUACUGACAGUGGAAAGCAAGAGCAAGUGGGUUGACAGUGACUCAGAUGAAAGCUCAUCAAGCGAAAGUGAGGACGAAAGUGUUAAAUUCUUCAUGGCAUACGACAUUGUGGUAUUUGACUUCACCUCUGACGAAUUUACAAGAGAUGAUAUAAGUGUUAACAAGUUUGAGUUGAGUAUGAUGGGUGAGCUGACGUUCUUCCUUGUACUUCAAGUUAGGCAACUUGAAGCUGAAACUUUCAUUAAUCAAGCGAAGUAUACCAAUGAUUUACUAAAGAAAUUCGGUAUGGAGCACUUCUCAGCUGCUUCAACACCCAUGAAUUCUUCGAGCAAACUGGAUAAAGAUGAAGGUGGCCAAGAUGUAGUUAUUGUGCUCAAUUGCUGUGCUCAACUGUUGUGGAUUCAACAACAACUAAGGGACUUUGGCAUUCAGGCAGACGAUUCUCAUAUCUUUUGUGAUAACACCAGCGAUAUUGCGAUCACUUAUAAUCCAGUGUUACACUCAAGAACGAAGCAUAUCGACAUCCGACACCACUUCAUCAGGGAUCAUGUAGCGCAGAAAUACGUCUGA